UACAAGUAUACAACCAUUUCAUAUUCAUGUUUUCCACGUUACCCGCUCUCUCACAGUUUCUCCUCUAACAACUCAAACCAACCCAGAAUUUCGAGGAAUUUUCAAAGCGUGGCAAUAUCGAACAAUCCAAAUUUUGUUAAUACACCCUAAUCUAAACUUAAGAGAGAAAGACAAAGAUCUGCAGAAACACAACGAUUUUCUUUCAAUUAUUUCGAUGUCCGAGCAAUUAAGUUUGUAUUACACACGAAAAGUAUAUAUCAGGUAAACCAAAUUCUUUGAAGUGAUUUUUCUGUCCUCUCGAUUAUUGCCAAGAAUUAGUAAAAUUUAACUUUCUUCAAUCAAAUUCAUCUAUAACUCUGUCCGAAAUUUUGCACAUUUGAAAAUUUAGGGUUUCAAUUGCCUCAAAUUGAAACCCUAGCUCAAUGAAAUGGAACAAUCGAGUAUCUUCAAUCGCAGGAGAAAAUCCCAAUUUCGAGGGGUUUUUAAUGGAUUAUGUGCUGUGAUCCUUUUUUUGUUUUUCUUCAAUAGAGAAGAUGUUCUUAGAAAUCCUUUACUUAGGAAAUCUUCUGUGACUGAUCAUCGGUUUCCUUUUCGUGUUAAUUCUGGUGAUGGGUCGGUCCAUGUUGAAAUAAUUCGCCGUAAAACAGCUGAAAUCAGUGACAAUUCAACACAUUUUGUUAAUGGGUCUGUUUCUGAUAAUGCUUUGAGUGGAGAAAAUGCUGUAUUUUGUGUUGGGUUAAAGAAUCAUGUGGGUUUUGAUACCCAUUGUGAUUAUUUGAGGGCACAUCCUGAGUGUUCGACUGGCGGGUUCUUUGAUUACUUGCAGUUUUUCUACUGCAGUUGUCGAAGAGUAGGGGUAUUGGGUUACGCGGUUUUAGGGGUUUGGCUUGCGGCAUUGUUUUACCUUCUGGGUAAUACUGCCGCGGAUUACUUUUGUUGCUCGCUGGAAAAGCUCUCGAGUAUAUUGAAACUGCCUCCAACUGUUGCUGGCGUCACCCUCCUCCCCCUUGGGAAUGGAGCUCCUGAUGUGUUUGCUAGCAUUGCGGCGUUUGUAGGCACUGGUGCUGGUGAGGUUGGCUUGAACAGUGUGUUGGGUGGAGCGGUUUUUGUGACUUGUGUUGUCGUUGGUACUGUUUCUUUAUUGGUGGCUAAUAAGCGGGUUCAAAUUGAUCGGAGAUGCUUUAUUAGGGAUCUUAGCUUCUUCCUCAUUACUAUCCUGUCAUUGUUGUUGAUUUUGUUUGUUGGAAGGAUAACUGUUGGCGCAGCCAUUGCCUUCUUGAUGAUAUAUGUACUCUAUGCAUCUGCUGUUGCUGCUAAUGAGGUGUUGCGCAAAGAAGCACAAAGAUUGAAUUUAGAUACGGUAACGCCAAUGCUCCCUGUGAUAGGAAGUGUCUUCUCUCAAGGAGGUUUAGAGGAUGAUGCUAUGUACAAUCCACUGCUUGACUUUGAGAGUGAGACUGAUGCUCCUCAUCUCCAUCCUUCCUUGCCACAGUGGAUGUGGGCUUCAAAUGUUGCGAUUUACUCACACCAGUCUACGAAAUUGGAUGAUGAAAGGGCCCCUUGGGGAUGGAAUGAUGAACGUAGGGAAGGUGAAAAUUCUUUUUUCUCCUGCCUCAAGCUGUUCUCAUUCCUGGAGCUUCCUUUAUCCGUUCCAAGACGGUUAACCAUCCCAAUGGUGGAGGAGGAAACAUGGUCGAAGCCGUAUGCUGUUGCCAGUGCUUCAUUAUCUCCUGUUCUCAUUGUGCUUCUAUGGAGCACUCUUGAGGAUCCUGGUUCUCUUGGCAAAGAUUUUGCCUAUGUCAUUGGUCUUGCAGCGAGCUGCAUGCUUGGAGUACUUGCAUACCGUUACACCACACCUGAUCAUCCACCUCAGGGUUUCUUGCUACCAUGGGUUCUUGGAGGUUUCUUUAUGAGUAUCGUGUGGUUCUACAUGAUUGCAAGUGAACUUGUUGGUCUCUUGGUAGCGCUAGGCAUUAUUUUGGGAAUCAACCCAUCGAUUCUUGGAUUGACUGUUUUGGCAUGGGGGAACUCUAUGGGGGAUCUAGUCUCAGAUGUUGCAUUGGCAUUGAAUGGUGGAGAUGGUGUUCAGAUCGCCUUGUCCGGGUGCUAUGCCGGUCCCAUGUUUAACACGCUGAUCGGACUGGGGAUUUCGUUCCUGCUCGGCGCCUGGUCAGCUAGGCCUGCUUCGUAUAUAGUUCCUAAGGACAGCAGCUUGUUCUACACUAUUGGCUUUCUGUUAACAGGGCUUAUCUGGGCGAUUGUUAUGCUACUUAAGAAAGACAUGCGACCCAGUAAGGUGUUGGGGAUCGGUCUUAUAACACUGUACCUGAUAUUUCUGUCAUUUAGGAUUGCCGGUUCCAUGAGCAUGGGUGGUCUACAGUAAGAAAAAGAUUUUGCAUUUCAUUUAUUGCUGGUAACCAGAGAAGCCUGGGAGAUGAAUGUGAUGUGACAUGUUUACCAUCUUGAAGGUAUGAGCUUCUGGACUCUUUGUUUAAUCCCUCUGAUGUUCCGGACACUAAUUAGCUGCGAAGUAUUCUUGUACAUUACAACCCCAUUGUUGUAUCUAAUAUCAGCGACUCAGCGUGUAAUCCUACAAUAUACAUCUUAGGAAGAUAACCUUGUUUUGAUCAAAUUUGGGGAAGUUUUGCCAUGGAAAUGGUCUCUGUCUCCUCCUUGUAACACUUAUAGAUGCUUAUCUGCUCCAUUAUUUAACUGUCCUCUCAAUCAGAAUUCAAUAUGGCAAAUGAAACCCCCUUUUGUGUUGGUUCAUGUUAGCAUAGGAUAAAUAGUUCUGUUUUGACGGUGCUUAUUGUUUUCUGAGAUUGUUCUGGCAUCUGCUAUAUAUGUCAAGUUCUCACUCGUAAUUUAUGUUUGAUAAAGCUGCGACUUUUCGAUGCUUAAACAUAGCAGUUAAGGGUCUACUUUGUUUUCGCCAUUUGUUUUUAGUUUUUAUUUGUUUCCCAAAACUAAAAACAGAAAUAUGGAAACUGGCAAAGUAAUUUUCAGUUUUUAUCCUCUGUUUCUUUUUUAUUUUUAAAAAAAGUAUUGCUGUCAGUUUCAAAAAUCAUCACAAGUAGUAUAAAAUAUAAAUAUGGCUAAUUAUAUGUUCAUUAUACUACCUAUAUCAUGUGAUCUUUGAAAAAUCAAACCAGGAAAUACUGAUUAGGGACAGUGAUACUGAACGAGCUGCAAGAAACUGGUGGUUGCUAAAUUCGUGCCAGUGUCAUUGACUUUUACACGAGGAACCCUCGGGCUUAUUGUACUAAUUGACACAAUCAUGCGCUACAAGCCUGUAACUCGGAAGCAGACGGCUAGAGAAGCAGGUUGAAUGUGUUAAGAUCUGAUUGUUGGCUGCUUCUGUAGAUAUUGAAGUGUAACAGAGAGGUGCUAUUAGUGCACCUUAGCUAUACUAUUAUGCCAGUCUUUGCUCCCAUCUGGAUUUUGUUGACUCCAUCCUUAAUUUGUUUUUGCUUUGGCAAGUUCCACAACUGGUGGUGGCAUUGGCCAAUUUUCAGCUUUGUCAUCUUCGCCUUUUCACUUUCUUGUAAUAAUACCUUGUCAUAUUCAACGAAGCUAGCAUUCUCUUCCCAGAAAAAAAAAAAUGGCUAGCUGAAACAAUAUGUUUAUAAUGGUAAUACUAGAUACAAAGCUGAUAAAGCUUCUAUAAGCCAAGAUAGAGCUUUCGAGCGAGUUUAUCUGUACUAGCUGUUCAUUUUCCUGAUGCAAAAAUUUAAUUUUGAAGGCAUUCAUUUUACUGA